AGAGGCAAAAUGUUGUCGCACACUUGUUCAAGACAAGUUAAGCACGUUUGACUUCUUCGACUUUUCUCUCCAUGGCCAUGGACGGUUAAUUCAAUUUAGUCUAAGGCCACUGCUCGCUUGCAAGAGAAAGAACCUGGGAUCUUGAGUCUUGAUCGUGAUCUCCGCCAUUUCCACUUGUUCCAAUAAUCCGAUUCCAUUCAAAAUGACAAGAUCCUCACAUUUGAACGCGGAAUCCCAGGCAGAGUUGACUCGGAUUGUCCGACGGAUUUGCCAAAAGGGAAAGGGCAUUCUGGCCGCUGAUGAAACGCCCAUGGCCAUGGAAGAUCGAUUCCAGAAUCUCAAUAUCACCAACUCCGAUGAGAAUCGACGUCUGUACCGACAACUCCUUUUCACUACACCCAAAAGUGAGAUUUCCUCGCUUUCAGCAGUCAUUCUGCAGCAUGAAACGGUCUAUCAGAAAUUGGACGAUGGGCGAGAUUUCAUUCAAGCAGUGAAUGACAUUGGAAUCGUGCCUGGGAUCACUUUGGACAAGGGAUGGCGGGCCAUCCCCGGACAUCCGGGAGAAGUCUUCACUCAAGGUUUGGAUGAUUUGGAUGCCCGUUGCAAAACGUACAAAAGCCUAGGUCUUCAUUUUGCCAAAUGGAGAAUGGCCAUCACCAUUCAAGGUGAGACUGUCCCUUCAAAAACCAUGAUCGAUGAAGGCGUCCGAUCCUUGGCCUUGUACGCUCUCAUCUGCCAAACCAAUGGCAUUGUUCCAAUCGUGGAACCGGACAUCAGCCGGAUCGGGGAUCAUUCUUGGCAACGCCAACAAGAGGUCUUCGAGUUGGUGAACAACAAGCUCUACGAAGUGCUCAAGGACUACGGGGUUUUCAUCGAAGGGACCAUCCUCAAGUGCAGCAUGGUCACGGCGGGCAAGACCAACGCCCAAGGGGCUACUCCUCAACAGGUUGGUCGUGCCACCCGUGCGUCCUUGAAUCGCUCGGUGCCCGUGUCAGUGGCAGGCAUUUUCUUCCUCUCGGGCGGCUUGAGCGAAUUGGAGUCGACGGCCAAUUUAAAUGCCAUCAACGCCCCCGCACUACUCAAUGACGAGUUAGGCAUGCCCCCGUGGCAGCUUUCAUUCUGCUUUGGACGUGCUCUCCAGGAUUCAUGUCGGAGGGCUUGGGCCGGACAAGAGGCUCGGGUGAGCCAAGGACAGGCGCAAUUCAUCAAGCGAGUGGCUCUCAAUGGAAAGGCCGCUUUGGGACAAUAUCAGCCCGAGGAUGAAUGAUUGAAUAAAGGAAUGCAUUGGUAUGCCUCCCAA